AUGCCUUUCAGAGCGCUGAAUCUCGGGCGCGCCUCCGCUGCCAAUGCCGCGAGCCGCAGCUUGCGAAGCAACCUCGUCAUGGCACAGCACGUCAGAGCACCGAGCCCCUUUGCAGCAGCUCGACCCCUCUCCAACGAGGCCACGGCCAUUAGAGAAGUUGCCGGCGACGAGGCCAACGACGUCGUCUUCGAGAGCAAGUACGGCCUGCGCACCGUCAUGCUCAACCGACCCAAGAAGCUCAACUCGCUCAACGGCUCCAUGAUCCGCAAGAUUGUGCCCCGUCUCGUCGAGUGGGAAAAGUCCGACAUGGCCAACAUGGUGGUGGUCAAGGGCGCCGGCGACAAGGCGCUCUGUGCCGGCGGCGACGUGGCCGCGCUGGCCCAGUACAACCAGGAGGCGGGCGACGGGUGGAAAAAGUCGGCCGACUACUUCGGCCUCGAGUACAAGCUCGACCACUACAUUGCCACGUACGCCAAGCCGUUCAUCGCCUUCAUGGACGGCAUCACCAUGGGCGGCGGCGUCGGGCUGAGCGUCCACGCGCCGUUCCGGGUCGCCACCGAGAGGACCGUGUUUGCCAUGCCCGAGACCACGAUUGGCUUCUUCCCGGACGUGGGGGCGUCCUUCUUCCUGCCUCGCCUGAACGGGGCCGUGGGCACCUACCUCGCCCUGACGAGCGAGCGCCUCACCGGGCCCAACGUCUUCUACUCGGGCAUCGCCACCCACUACCUCCACUCGGCGAGCCUGCCCGACCUCGAGGCCCGCCUGGCCGAGCUGCGGUUCCGCGACGACGACGGCCUCGCCAAGAGGCUGGCCAUCAUCAGCGACACGCUGGAGGAGUUCUCGACCGGCCUGCCUUUCGACCAGCCGAUGCAGCCGAGCGGCGCGGUGCGGCAGGCCAUCGACAGGUGCUUUGGCAGGGACAGCGUCGCCGGCAUUGUCGCCGCCCUCGGCGAGGAGAGGGGGGAGACGGAGGAGUGGGCCCGGCGGCAGCUCGCCACGCUGCACAAGCGAUCGCCCACCUCUGUGCAUGUGACGCUGGAGCAGAUGCGCGUCGGCGGCCGGUGGGACAUUGCCGAAACCUUCCGAAGGGAGCACCGGAUCGCCAGCCGCUUUAUGCGGCACCACGACUUCACCGAGGGCGUGACGGCCCUCCUGGUCCGCAAGGAGAAGCCCAGGUGGCAGCCCGAGUCGCUCGAGGCCAUCCCGCCCGACCAGAACGUCGCCCAGCCCUUUUUCGACUUUGACGACGACGACGGCGGCGGCGUCGCCCCCCUGGAGCUGUUCACGGACCGCACGUACUCGGAGUAUCCCCAUGAGCGGCUGGGCGUGCCCACGGAAAAGGAGGUCAAGGGCGUCGUGAGCGGCAGCGACCGCAGGUACACGCCCCGCGAGCUUGUGGAUGCAAUCGUUGCAUCGCGCAGGGGACGCCAGGGCAUCGCGGACGUUGUCAACGAGAUGAUCAGCCGCAAGACUACGGUGGACGGCCAGGGCAAGGUGCGGUGGUUGGACGAGGAGGAGGACUCUUUAGCAAACAGCCGGUUGUGA